GUUUGCUUUUUAUUUUGUCUUACUCGACAAUGAUGAAAAAGAAGACCUUCAUCGUGUUAUAUCAGUCCCUGAAGAAAGGAUACAGAUUUUAAAGGACAAUACUUUUUUACAGUUUGGAAAUUUUCAUGACAAAAUGUGGAGAAACAUUCUUAACGAAGUACAACCGAGAAUGGUAACGAAAGAUAACAUAGUGGAAGAAGUCAAAAAUCUACCUAGGGAUGCUCUAUGGUUGUUACAAACCAUAGCGAACGCUUUGGCUCAACCACAGGAACCCCAGACAGAAAUAAAGGAGUGA